AAUGAAGAGAUAGAGAAUCGCACAGGUGUCUUGGAAUUCCAUCUCAUGGAGCUCUCAGAGGAUCCAGAGCUGCAGCUUCUCCUCUUUGGAUUAUUCUUAGCCAUGUACCUGGUCACGAUGCUCGGGAACCUGCUCAUCAUCCUGGUCAUCGUCCUUGACUCCCAUCUCCACACACCUAUGUACUUCUUCCUGUCCAACUUGUCUUUGGUUGACAUCUUUUUCAUAUCUACUACAAUCCCCAAAAUGAUUGUGGGCAUCAACAUGCACAGCAGAGUAAUUUCCUAUGCAGGCUGCUUGACACAAAUGUCUUUUUUCCUCCUUUUCGUAUGUAUGGAUGACAUGAUUCUAACUGUGAUGGCUUACGAUCGUUUCGUUGCCAUUUGCCAUCCCCUCUAUUAUACAGUGAUUAUGAAUCCUCAGGUCUGUGUUGUCUUAAUUUUGUUGUCAUUCUCAGUGAGCAUUUUUGAUUCACAGCUGCACAAUUUGAUUGCCUUGCAAGUUACUUGCUUCAAGGAUGUGGAAAUUGAAAAUUUCUUCUGUCAUCCUUCUCAACUCCUUAAUCUUGCCUGUACUGAUACACUCAUGAGUAACAUAGUAAUAUAUUUUAUUGGUGUCAUACUUGGUAUUUUUCCUGUUCUAGGGAUCAUUUUCUCAUACUGCAAAAUUUUUUUCUCUAUUCUGAAAAUCCCCUCUUCAAGUGGGAAAUAUAAAGCCUUCUCCACUUGUGGUUCUCACCUGCUAGUAGUCUGUUUAUUUUAUGGAACGGGGAUUGGUGUGUACCUUGGCUCAGCUGUGUCACAUUCUCCACGAAAGAAUGCAGUGGCCUCACUGAUAUAUACUGCAGUGAGCCCUAUGCUCAACCCCUUCAUCUAUAGCCUCAGGAAUAGAGAUUUCAGUAAUGCCUUGAAGAGAUUACACGGUAGGGUUUUCUAA